UUGGCAAAGAGAAAAUUUCAUUGUGUCUUCUGGACUGCGAUCCAGCACAGACAGCUGAAUUGCAAUACAUCGCUGAAAAUAUACAAAACAUGGCUUAUGGACUUCUGUAUUUGAAUGUCUUUGUUACAUCUGACUGUGAAAAAGCUUUUAAAGGAAGUAGAAUUAUUAUCUUUUUGGAUGAGGUAGAAAGGAAAGAAGAGGAAAAAGUACAUCGGUGGACGGAAAGAAACGCUGUUCUUUUUGGGUUUUAUGGGACAACUCUGUUGAAAGUUGCCAAAAGUGACACGUUGCUAUUAGUUGCAGGAAAUAAUUACAUGUGUUUAAAUAUGAGCAUAUUAAAUGAGAUUGUUUCUCACAUUUCAUCCAGAAAUAUUUUGGUGUUUCAAAAGUAAUUGAAAACCAGGCCAAAUCUGUUUUAGCUGAAAAACUGCCAGCAAGCAGCUGCUCCAUUGAUAACGUUGUUAUAUUGGGAAGUAUCAGCAAUGAUUAUUUGAUAGAAUUGGACAAGACUUUAGUUAGAGAGUUUGAUUGUGCAGUUGUUGGUCCAGCUACAUUCUCUCAGCCAUUAAAUGAUAUUUUUCAUCAACAAAGCUGGCUCAAGAAGGAGUAUGUAAAUGAAGUCAGUUCAAGAAAACACGUCAAUGAAAUGAAUUUACGGCACCCUACCUACCAUCUCAUUGGUCAUGCCAUAACAACAACAUUAAAUUACUGGUGGAAUGGUUUAUCAUCAAAUGCCAUAUUCUCUGCGACUCUUAUAUCCGAUGGUUGGUAUGGUGUUCCAGAAGGCAUCGCUUUUUCAUUCCCAGUAGCAUUUUAUCUACCAUUAGCAUAUUCUGUCAUUGAAAAUCUGAGUAUAUCUGAAAAAUGCAGAGAAGAUAUGGAUUUAAUAAUCGAAAACUUGGUAAAAGAUAGAGCCUUGUUUGUAGUCAAGGAUGGAAAAUUGAUCUCAAAAGUUGUGUCUGUUGAAUCAUUACCAGAAUCAGAAGAUACUGAUUACUCAGCGUUUAUGAGUUCCAGAACACCGUCCAGUCAAAGAAGUGACGUCUUAAGCUUUCUCUUGGAAGAAAUGGGUAAGGCAAAAAAAGAAAAAAUAUCGAGGCUUACUAGUUUUGCUAUCAAAUUACACAAAGGUG